GAAAGGGGCUACCAUCUAUAAUCGCAAUCACCAACUCCCUUAUGUUAUAAUCCCUUGCGUUCAUAACGAUGUACUCCCUCCGUCCGGGAAAAGUUGUCCCCAAGGAUAUUUUGCGAAAAUCACCUCCCCUUUCUUCCGACAAACUACGCAGCCCUCCCUCCGUCCGCUUCUCUGCUCCGUCGCCUCGCCAGGCGCCGGCCACCUGCUCCGUCGCCUCGCCGCCUACUGUGUCGCCUCGCCGCCUGCUCCGUCGCCUCGCCGCAUGUCGGCCGCCUUCUCUCCCUCGUCUCGCCGCUUCUCUCCGUCUGCACUAGGAGAUCAAGAGGGAAGGGAUCCCCUUUUCUGUAAAGCUCGUGCCUUGCCGGCUUCGUCGGCGGCGCUCGAUGACCCGCUCCUCGUCCUCGAGCACCUCCUCCAAACCUCGAGCUCUGGAGACGGCGGUCGAUGACCCGCUCCUCGUCCUCGUGCUCCUCAUCCUCGAGCACCUCCUCCAGACCUCGAGCUCCGGCGGCGGUGGCGUGGGAAAGACAACCAGGGCAUGGGGAAGACGAAGACUUGCUCCAGCAGCUCGUCUUGCUCCUCGAGCUGGCGGGCUGAUGAUGGAGGACCUGCACUCUUGGCUCCACCAGCGCCGCCGCUGCCGCUUCUGCUUCUGCUCCCCGCUCGCCUACAGCGCAGCGAUUGGUUUGUGCAGCGAUUGGAGGAGGAAUGGGGUAUUGCAGAGGAAUGGAUGCUGCUUCUUUUGGUGCAGGGCAAUGGGGCUGCAGGGAAUUUGGGUGCUGAGGGUUCUUCUGUCAGGAGGAAGCAUGGUGGUGGUGUACAGGGGAUAAUUCCCAGUUUGUUUUGUGAACUUCACAUUCCAAAGGAGGGACAGAAGAGCAGUCUACCUGACAACUAUACAUGCUCAUUUCCUAGAACAGGAGCAGCAGCAGCACAAGGAGCAACUCCUUACAGCACAGUUUUGGAGUACACUUGGUGUAAAUCAACUUCACUAAUUUUCAGGUCCAUUUUUCAGGAAAAGUACCUGCAGCCAACAACAGCAGCAGAGGCAAUCGCCGACAGCAGCAACAGAUGCAGUCGCCAACAGCAGCAGCAGGUCCGCGCGGAGUCGAUCAGGCGGGCUGCAGCGGUGGCAGUAGGUGGUGGGCGGCGGCAGCGUCAGCAGUACGUGGCGGGAGGACAGCAGCGGUAGCAACAGGUCCCGCCACCGGGAAGACUCGCAUGGCCCUGCCUGCCGAAGUCAGCGAGAGGGGAGCAGUGGCUGGGGUUGCCGCAGGAGCGAGGAACCGGCCAGGGACCCGAGCAGGGCGACGAGGAGGAGGCGCCCGUCGAGGUGGUUGCCUUGGAGGAGCAGCCGCAGUCGGGGUCGGGCUCCUUGAUGACGCAGGCGGCGCCGGCGCUUGAGGCGAUGCUGCUGCCCCGCUUGCCGGCCGUGCUCGAGCCCCUCGAUAUCCUCCCUCCUCUGGGACGCGGCCGUGCUGCUCCCGUCCCUGGAGGCCUGGACGCGGCCGUCCUCCUCGGCGAUCUCGUGGCCGGCGGCGGCGGCGAAGUCCGCUGGCAGGUCAGCAGCGCGGAGGGAGAGCGCGUCCAGGGCCUCGCUGGCGGGGGCCGGACGGGGGCCGGAUCGGGCAACGGGAGGAAGGAGGAAGAAGCUGAGGGGGCUGAUUUGCAGCAGUUUAAAAGGCAGAAGGUCUUUUUUGUAAAAUUAGAGUUGAACUAACGCGCGGACAACUUUUUCCAGACGGAGGGAGUAUACCCCACCCGCAAAAAAAAACGAUGUAUACCUACAACCUGCAUCCGUCACAUUUACCUUCAUA